AUGUUUCAAGACGCGAUUCUUGAUUCGGCCAAACGCCGCUCCGGUGUAGAUCAACGAGUGCUCGAGUUACUUCGAUCAAGCCUCGAAAAUUUCAAGGAACCUGAAGAGUCACAAUUGGUUGAUGUGGCUGAAUUAGAACCGCGGCAUCACCCGGACCCAAAUAUUGAACGGGAAACUGAUGGUGUCAAACGCGAGGCGCAAACAAAGAAAAUUCUGCCUAAAAUCAAGGCUGAUUUUGAUGACGAAAAGGGAGAACUGCGAGUUUUGCAUGAUCUCAUCGUUGACACGGCCGCCAAAAUGGAAGGCUUUCCAUUCACUUUUCAGAGACUGUGUGAACUUCUUGAAGAACCUUCGCGACUAUAUCGACGGGCCGAAAAGUUUUACCGAGCUGUUGACAAAUGCAUUAAUGUUGUGACUACGAUCACGUCGGAAGGUGACCGUAUAACUGGCAUUGAAGAAUGGUCGCUUGGUCAAGAGGACACAACGAAGAUUGAACAAAGAUUUUAUGGAAAAGUGGAUGAGUUAGAUGACGAGAAUUGGGAACCAACCACAAAGGCACCGGUCGAAGAAAAACCAUUGGACAUGAGUAAAAAGGAGACAUUAGUUGAGCGAAAGCAGGCUGGCGAUGAUAACACGGAGAAUGGAAUGGACACUAGUACUAGUCAGAAUGAUGACGCUCCAAGUGAAAAGAAGCUCAAGACGGAGGAAAAAAGUGAUCAGAUUGUGGAGACAAAGACUGAGACAGAAGAAAUGGAAGAAGCA